AUGGUACUUUGCUAUGAGAAACCUCCCCCUGGGCUAAUUAAGGAGAAUGAAACCAAACCAGAAGACUGCAUACCUGAUGUACCAGGCAAUGAAAGUGCACGAGAAUUCCUGGCACAUGCCCCAACCAAAGGGCUUUGGAUGCCUUUGGGAAAAGAAGUCAAAGUCAUGCAGUGUUGGAGGUGUAAACGUUACGGACACAGAACAGGAGACAAAGAGUGCCCAUUCUUUAUUAAAGGCAAUCAGAAAUUGGAACAAUUUAGAGUAGCACAUGAGGAUCCAAUGUAUGAUAUUAUAAGGGAAAAUAAACGUCAUGAAAAAGAAAUGAGAAUACAGCAACUGAAGCAGCUCCUGGAGGACUCUACCUCAGAAGAUAACAGUGAUGAGGAUGAUGAAGAUAGCAGCAGCUCCACUUCCUCAGAAUGUAGAGAUAAACACAAGAAAAAAAAGAGGAAGAAGGAAAAGAAAAAAAAAGAAAAGAAAAAGAAGAAAAAAAGAAAGCGAAAAUCAUCUAAAUCUAAUGAGAAGUCAGAAUCUGACUGA